AUGGAGCCGCCGGCGAGCAGCGGCGGAGGGCCGGGCUGCGGCUGCAAGGGGAUCCGCUCCUGCCUGCUCUGCGAGGGGCCCGCGCAGCCCGCUCCGCCCCGACAGGGAGAAGAUAAUUUCACUUACUGCCCAUCGACAGGCCUGGCAGUAGGAAAUGAGCACUCAGAGUUUGCUGGCUGGGCAUUUCCAUUUCCAGGGGUGUUUCUGAUGGAGGAGUUCAUUAGUGAAGAGGAAGAGUCUGAGAUAGUCGAACUGAUGGAUCGAGACGAAUGGAAACCAUCACAGUCUGGUCGAAGGAAACAGGACUAUGGGCCCAAAGUGAACUUCAAGAAGCAGAGGCUGAAGGCUGGCAGCUUUUCUGGGUUGCCAAGCUUCAGUAAGAAGAUUGUGGCACAGAUGGAGGCCUGCUCUGUGCUGGGUGGCUUCUCCCCUGUCGAGCAGUGUAACCUGGACUACAGGCCAGAGAGGGGCUCUGCCAUCGACCCACACUUUGAUGACUGCUGGCUGUGGGGAGAGAGGUUGGUUACCCUCAACCUGCUCUCCCAAACUGUGCUCUCCAUGUCCUGUGACUCGGAGGGCAGCAUCCAGCUCUUCCCCACUUCCACAAAGGAAAACGGGGAACGGAGCCCCCAGGGACCUCUUCCAGCAGGCAGCAAGGCAGGGCAAGAGGGCAGCGAGUGCCUGGAGUCGGCCAGGCUGGUGCCCUGCAGGGAGGUGCGGGUGGGCAUCGCGCUGGCGCGGCGCUCGCUGCUGGUGCUGCGCGGCGCGGCGCGGUACGGCUGGAAGCACAGCAUCCACCGGCGCCACAUCCGCCGCCGCCGCCUCGGCAUCACCUUCAGGGAGCUCUCCGCUGAGUUCAGCCCCGGCGGAGCGCAGGAGGAGCUGGGCAGAGAGCUGCUGGCCAUAGCCCUGUCCUUUCAGGGGAGGCCUGUGUGAGCAGGGCGGGCAGCAGAGGUGAGCAAUAAAGCAGAGGACUGGCA